CCAACUUGGCCUGCGGGACCCAAGUUCCCAGAAGGGCCUGCCCGCCUCCGCAGCCUCCACCUAGCAAUCGGAGUUUGGAGAGGGCCAGGCUGUUGUAGUUGAACUCCUCUGAGAUGGCGGGACAAACCAUCCCAGACUGCAGGCAGCGCUCUGGGUUAACCAAGGAUUGAUUGCCUUACUGUUGCUGGAUGGAGGCAGCCAAGCCUAGCCUAGUGGCCCUGGAGCGUCUCCAGCACCCGGGUGGGGCACGGAGGGAGCGCCCAGUCACUCACCCCGGCAUGUGGGCGCGGCGGGGCGGGCCAGGGCUCUGAGCUGGACGCUGAGGUCCUUCUGGGCCCUAGUGUUUGCCCAGCCUGCCCUCUUGGCUGGGUCUCAGCUGGUCCUCCCUUCUUUUCCCGGACAGCUGCCGGAGGCAAUCUGAAGGUGGCAGGUACCUGGGCCACCUUGCUCAGGGUCCUAAGCAGGUUUGUCCACUGGACAGUGUUCAAGAAAGAAACCCAUCUGCUGAGUUCCUGUCCCAGUGGGUCGCUACUGCUGGGUGUUCCAAGCUCUGGGAAGGUCUGUGGAGGUGCCCAAGUGGCAGCCUGCUGGUGGCAUACGCCAUUUCCCGAAGCUCCUGCUGCAGGUGUAGACGCUCUUGCGAUCAGCAAGCAUGCUGAAACAGAUACUGUCAGAUAUGUUCAUAGACCCUGACCUGCUGGCGGAGCUCAGCGAAGAGCAGAAGCAGAUCUUGUUCUACAAGAUGAGGGAGGAACAGAUCCGACGAUGGAAAGAAAGAGAAGCAGCCAUGGAAAGAAAGGAGUGCUUGCCAGUGAAAUCCAGACCAAAGAAAGAGAAUGGCAAAUCUGUCCAUUGGAAGCUGGGCGCUGAUAAGAAGGUAUGGGUUUGGGUGAUGGGCGAACACCAUCUAGACAAGCCCUACGACGUGCUCUGUGAUGAGAUCCUUGCUGAGAGGGCCCGUCUGAGAGCAGCGCAGGACUCGGAGCUCAGGAAAGCGCAGUCUGCAGAAAUCACCAAUAGCUUGAGAACAAAGUCACAGAACUGUGUUCAGCCAGAACUACAGAAGCUGGAGCCUCAGAAUGUCACCAGGAAAGCAGCUGCAGAGGAGACAUCAGGGCAAGGACCCAGAACAAUACCAACCAAGAGUGAAGACAAAGCCCACACUAAAGAACCCAUAAAGAAAAAAGAAGAUGAGGAAAUAAAGCAAACAGAGGAUGAGAAAACCAAGCAGAUAUACAAGAGCUGGAAAGAGGAUUCCGAGUGGCAGGCAUCUUUGCGGAAAUCCAAGGCAGCUGAUGAGAAGAGACGCUCCUUAGCUAAGCAAGCACGGGAAGACUACAAGAGGCUUUCCCAAAGGGGAAGGAGCGGAGAGGGGAUACAGAACCCUCUGGCUGGUCCACAGAAACCCAGAAGACCUCCUCUUCCCCCGAAGCCCCAGUUCUUCUACCCACUAGGAAACUCUCCAAAGUCUUUAGGGAAUCAGGGAGUGACAAGGACAGAGUCCAGCUCCACCCAGGAGGACAUCAUCCGAUGGUUCAAAGAGGAACAACUGCCAUUCCGUGCAGGUUACCAGAAAAACUCAGACACCAUUGCUCCCUGGUUCCACGGGAUUCUCACGCUGAAGAAAGCCGACGAGCUUCUGAGCAGCACGGGCACACCAGGCAGUUUUCUCAUCCGGGUCAGUGAAAAGAUCAAGGGCUAUGCCCUGUCCUAUCUGUCGGAGGAGGGCUGCAAACACUUCCUCAUAGAUGCCUCUGCUGAUUCCUACAGCUUCCUGGGUGUGGACCAGCUGCAGCACGCCACCCUGGCAGAUUUGGUGGAAUAUCAUAAGGAAGAGCCCAUAACCUCUCUGGGGAAGGAACUCCUGAUGUACCCCUGUGGUCAACAAGACAAGCUACCCGACUACCUCGAGCUCUUUGAGUGAUAGCUCUCAUCCGGAUCAGCCUCCAGCCGGUUUGUCCUCUGGACAGAAACCUCCGGGGUGGACUCCGCAUGUGAUGCCAAAAACAUUCUGUGACAGAGCCAACAGUGAAUGAUGUCUGUGAGGUCUUACCUGAAACCUCUGGUCUGCAUAAAUGCUGGAGAUUUAUUCAAGGGACUAUGACCUCUCCCUCAUCCUCAUUCUGGAAGGAAAAGGGAGAAGUGUGCCCAUUUCAACAACAGCCUAAUCUGAAGGAUGGGACCUUGAAGGACAGGACUGUAUUGAUGUAUAAAAGAUAAAUAACAGGGUAAAUUGAAAUAUUUUUAGCAAUUAAGGUGUUACUCUAAAAAAAUCAAAACAAUAGCAACAACAGAAAAUGAGCAAGCUAUUUUGUGAACUACAGGCUUCCUUUUGGUAUUUUGUCAAAGGUCUCAGUCUCGUGCUUAUAGCUUGGCUUUAAAAUGCCCGGUAAAAAAUGGUUUCACUCAGGGCUGAGAUUCUCCUCAAAAGACAACCUUUUCUGUGUGUUGUUGGAACCAGGAUUUAGCAGACAGAAAAGAAAGUCCCAACUGUGAAUUGAAGGAGAAGUUUUAACACCUGGGACAAACAAGAGACUUACCAUGUACAACAAACAAACCACAAACAAAAACCAAUCAAUCAACCAAACAAAUGAAAAAACCACACACAGUAAUAGUAGGAAAUUGGGGCAACUUAUAGCUUGUUCGUCAUUGCUCUGCCUCCCUCAGCUCUGUCUGUGAGCAGAUACUAAAGAUGUGCAUGUCCAUGCAA